GAUCCACCUCCCUGCAUGCCAGCAUCGGAUCGGUAUCGCACCCACGAUGGCACCUGCAACAACAAGCGGCGACCACGCUGGGGAGCAGCUCAGAUGCCCUUUAAUCGGUUCCUGCCGCCGGAAUAUGGCGAUGGCGUGGACAGCGUUCGAAGCUCUACAGAUGGCAGCACAUUGUCCUCGUCGCGCUUCGUCAGCCUGCUGGUGCAUGGAGCGCGGGAGGGAGAUGCACCACUGACCCUUAUGAUAGCCCAGUGGGGUCAGCUGUUGGAUCACGACAUGACAUCGACGGCGCAGCCACGAUCCAUCAAUGGCUCCAUACCCAGUUGCUGUGGAGGCAACGACUUUCAUCCGUCGUGCUUUCCCAUCAAGGUGCCGCUGGACGAUCCCUGGCUGUCGCCUCUCAAGGUGCGCUGCCUGGAGUUUCUGCGUUCAGCGCCGGCUCAGCGUCGCGACUGCGUGUUGUCCUGGCGGGAGCAGACGAACCAGGCCACAUCCUACAUUGAUGCCUCGCCCAUUUACUCCAACAAUGCCAAGUCCUCGGACAAUGCACGCGUCUUUCGCAAUGGCCUACUGAUCUAUGGUCGCGGCAAUCCGGCAGAUGAUGUCUGCCAACGUGGAGCAAUUGCCACACAAUGCAUACGAGCUGGAGACGGACGCAGUGGUGAGCAGCCGGGUCUGCUGGCCAUGCACCAUGUGUGGGUGGGUGAGCACAAUCGCAUUGCAUUGGAGUUGAGUGAGCUGAAUCCCCAUUGGAGUGACGAGAAGAUCUAUCAGGAGACCAGACGCAUUGUAGGCGCCAUGUUCCAGCACAUUACCUAUCGAGAGUUUCUGCCCGUAAUACUUGGCAAGGAGGUGUGCAAGCUGUUUGACUUGGAGCUACUCAGUACCGGCUACUACGAGGGCUAUGAAACAAAGGUCAAUCCCACGGUGGCCAAUGCCUUCUCCUCGGCCGCCUUUCGCUUUGGACACUCUCUGGUGCAGAAUUCCUACAUGAGAUGCGAUCGACAUCACAAUAUGAUCAACAACAAUGUCAGUCUGCAUGAGGAGUUCCAGAGCGGAGACAUUGGCACAGCGGGUUCACUGCAUCGUCUGCUGCGGGGAAUGGCUUCCCAACGUGCUCUGAAACGCGACGAGUUCAUAACGCCUGAGUUGACCAAUCAUUUGUUCCAGACGCCAGGUUUUCCAUUUGGCCUGGACUUGGCUGCCAUUAACAUACAGCGCGGACGUGAUCAUGGUCUGGCUCCCUACACCUCAUGGCGUGUGCCAUGUGGAUUGAGUCCCAUUCAAAGCUGGGAUGAAUUUGCCAAUGUGGUCGGGCCAGAAUCGGCCAAGAGAAUUGGACAUGCCUAUCGCAGUGUACACGACAUCGAUCUCUUUGUCGGCGGCAUUGCGGAAAGACCCGUGGUAGGUGGACUGGUUGGACCCACAUUUGCCUGCAUUAUAGCCCAGCAGUUUAGUAAUUCGAGACGCGGCGAUCGCUUUUGGUAUGAAAACAGCGGAUUCGAGAGCUCCUUUACCCCCGCACAGUUGCACUCCCUCAGAAGAGUGUCGUUGUCCCAGGUCUUGUGUAGGGCAGUGGGUGGUGGUACCUUCCAGCCGCACAUUUUCAUACCAGCUGAAUUCACGGACAACGAGCGGCAAACUUGCGGCACUGGCAUACUGAGUUCCAUUGACCUAAGUCCCUGGCUUGAGCAGGAUCCUUUCCUGCCGCCAAAUCCCCACCCCGAUCACAUUUUCAAUAUUGUAUCCCAAAACGAAAUGACAGUGAGUCCCAGUAUCAAGGAGGAUAAGGCGGGAUUCUCCAACCGUGUGAAACCAGGCAGGCCUCAAGUUGACUUCAGUCCCAACUCAUCGACGGGCUUCCAGCGACCUCCCAGUUUUGGUAACAUUACCAAAGUCAACGACAAACUCGACCUCAAACGCAAGACACCAACCACGAAAAAGACGAACAACAAUAACAACCGCAAUGUAACUCCGACCCGCAAUGGGGUUAAUAACAAGUUGGACAAAUCUCCCAAAAUUACGAUAAAUAUUAAGAACGUGAUUACUAGAAAGCCAACAGGUACAACACCAAAACGUACAGUGAUCAUUAACAAUGUUCCCAUUGAGUUACGUAGCGCCAUAGAUGGCAAUAAGACGACCACUCCUGACCACGAAAUUCUUUCGAAAACAGAUACAGAUACACAACUGAACGAUACUGACAUUCCAGAAACAAGAAGCGACGAUAACACAAACCCAAUAACCACUGACAGACCCGGAAAAGAUAAUGACCUACUGAACAAAAGGAUCCAACGUCGAGUGACCGACACAAAGAAACCUACGAAAGUUAAGACCGUGGACACUGGACCGGAGGACAGACAACAAAACCGUACAAUCACUCCGACAAUUUUAAAUACAAACACAAAUACAACCGCGAGUCUUGGCCGCACAAUUCGUACUACCAAAUCAUCCAAAUUGUCUAGGACAACAAAACGGGGAGUGGAGCUGCGUAGUCAGUAUCAAGGACGACCGCUCUACCCCCAAAAGGUGGUGCUCAACGGACCCAAUAACGUUAACGAUCAAUACGAAAUUGAGAUCAAUAUACGACAGACGAACAAAAGUCCCGUGACAAGACCCUUUGGAGCAGAAUAUUCCGAAUACACGACAUCAACGAUAUACAAGCCGUACAGUAACUAUGAAAAUAGCUAUGCACCACACUACUUGGACUAUGCUAGCACCACGCCCAUUUACUCCUAUUAUCCAACACAUAGGGAUACAGUUCUACAAUCGCAAAAGACAAAACCACCGACUAUUAUAUACCUUAACGAUAACGAUGACCGACGUACCACGACACGAUCACCGAACAUUUUUCAAAACUUUUUGAGUUUUGCCACCAACGGGUUCAAUCCGAACGCUAACCGACGUCCUACCCAGGCGCCGGAGUCAAGUCCGAUCUCAACGGGCCAUAAGGAGCGUCCUUACCAUGAGAACUCUGUGGUAAAUAGUCCGCUCAGCGGAGGCAGCUCGCAUAUUACAUCCAGCUCGGCGUAUGCACCGCGGCCUACGUUCUCGGAAUCAUAUCCAGUUCCAACCAGCUCCCAGUUAGGCGUCAAUCCUCCCUCGAGCUAUCUGCAUGCUUCCAGUGCGGCUGUUAGUUCCGGAAAUUUUGGCAGCAUAUCUGGCGUGGCCAGCGCAAAUGGCGCCGAUAGCACAUUCAGUUUUAAUAUUCGUCCACGUCCUGAUCCAAAUGCCAGUCCUGUUUUCAGUUCGUAUCCACGUCCACAAAGUCCAGGGUAUGCCUCUCAAUCUCCGUAUAAACCGGACUAUCCGCAUAGUCAAAGCGAACUCUAUUAUGAUCGAGAGCUGACCCAAAGCAGCAAUCCAAGUCCAUUCUCCAGUGGAAGUGGCGGACACAGACCAUCGACACAGACUCAAACGUAUUAUGCCCGUACGCCGGAACUGAAGGAGGCAGGGGGUGAAGUUUUGAAUACAGACCACAAACUCGACAUACGCGACUUUGACUAUUUGAGCCGAACUCUGGCCAACGUGACCGAGGACGAGAGUGUACAGGACAACAGUGACGAUUACGUCUAUGACGAGGACGAACCGAACAAGCACAUCGACUUUACGAAGUUAGGCAAACAGGCGGACAAAGAGACAAUUUCUUCCAAGCAAUACGAUAAGGACGGUUACCUGCGACCGGAACUGAUAAACUCGACAACGAACGUCACCCACUUGGACGACAAUUACGUGCUUCCCAUGCUUUUGAAUACGACCCAGACAAUGUACGUGACAGAAAUGCCUAAGCCAAUACUUUCCACCUCCACCCGCAGCACACUUAACAGCAAAGUAACAGUUUUUUCGGACAGUGUAGGUAAACAGUUGGGCAGUAACAUUUUAGCCGAAAACGUUGACUAUGACGAACGGGCCGAAGCCUCUCAGCUUAAACAGCUUACCGAAAUGGCAUUUGCGCCUAUAACAGUGCUUACAAAGCCGGACAGACCCGAUAAUUGGGUGAUUUAUAACAAAACGAGCGAGGAACCCCUAUUACCACAACCUCCAGCAGUUAGCACGGAAAUGGGAGCAGAGCCAACUGUCGAGGUACCCGUGCCCUUCUACAGUGCGAGGCGCAAACAAGAAGCACAAGGGCCAGAAGGCGUCAAAGUGGUAGAAAAAACAGCUGCUGCACCACGGGAGGAGACCACUAGUAAUGCCAAAUUAGCCUAAGAAUAUUUUAUGUAUUUAAUGCAAUCAGUACAAGUUGAACACUAUUUAUUUGAUAAAUAUUUAAAUCCAAAUUA